AUGCCCCCAUCAUGGCGACAAUGGGUGGAUGAAAAGGUGGAUUACAUUGUGGUGAACAGAGGUGUGGUGGACAAGAAAGAGGCUCAAGCCCACAAUGUUGAAGUGCAAGACUCCACGGCUACAGCGAACCGCAGACUUCGAAGAUCAUACACCAAGAGACAGGCUCCUGAGCCUACGGAUAUCGACAGCGACAGUGAUGAUGAAGAGGAUGAACCUGCAUUCAAUUCCACAAUCAGCACCGUAACCUCGACUAUGACGGCAACAGCAACACUUCCAACAGGACUCCCAGCUUUUCAAAUCACCGCGACUUUGGAUCCUCUCACACAGGCUACACCUCCCGCUCUUGCGGAUAACGACCCCAGGGAGACUGUCAUAGUGGGAUCGCCAUCACCAUCACGACAUGAUGGUGAUGGCAAGAUCUCGCGGACUACCGAGCAUUUACUCAUUGCUGCAGGUUCCAUUGGUGCAACGAUCAUCAUUGUCAUGAUUAUCUUGGCUCUCUAUGUUAUGCGUAAGCGUGGUCUGUCUCUGGCGGACGUGAUUCAUCAGGGUAAGAGUCACUUACGACGUGGCCCACCACCGCCCCCAGCAAAAUAUGGAAUGGAUCAGAAGCACUACGGCAUGGAAAAGGUACACGACUGUGGAUACGGACGCGCACAGAAAAACUCAGUCUACCCUCAACAGCAGUACGCGGUCUACUAUGCUCAACGGCAAAAAUCUGUCCACCAUCCUCAAAAGCAGACCCCAGCCUAUUCUCCUCAACAACAGAACCCUGUCUACGCUCCCCAACGAGCAGCCUCACUCACCCGUUCAUCUUCUUCAAGAUCACAGCGACCAUUGCAAGCCUUGAAACGAAGUGACAGCUUCAAACAAGGAGGACUGGAAAGAAUCCCGUCGCAAGACAAGAGCUUUUACGAUGACACACCAUCGCAAACCGGUUCCCACCGUCGCAACGACAGCGCAACGCCCUCCUCACCGGUCCUCCCCUACCAAGAUCUCCGCCGGAGCGCCUCAACCCGGAACACCCGUUCCCUAGACGGUGAAUCUGAAGAGCUCCGAUACCCCGAAGACAUUGGCCCUCAGCGCGCACUCCCACCUCCUCCAACAUUCCGCCAAUUCCUUUCCAACCGGCCCUCCAUCUCGCAACGUCCUGGCUGCGGAGGGCCCAUGGCCAGCCGCUUCAGCUGGACAAACUCCAAUGCCCCUCAAACACCCCACGAAGUAUCUCGUGACACGGCCGCGCCACCCGUCGGGCGCGACAGCUUCAUGACGCAACGGUCCUCUGUCCCACGUUUCCGCACCGUAGACUCAUGGGUGAGCCAGCAGACGACGCGCGUCCAGGAGCUGCGGUUGAAACAGCAAUUCCGGAUGACGCAAUCGUCCACCUCCUCUGGCGGAGAUGCUAACAAUCACCACGACGACAUUGACACUGUACCCGAGAUGCCAAGCGUACCGCAACAUUUGAGCCGCAGCGCGAGUACCAGGAGUGAAGGUGGAGGGGCAGGAGGCGGACUAGCAGGCAAAAAUGUCAAGCAUGCACGACACGACACUGCGACGACUGUACAGACGGCGCCAAUCUUCAGGGCGCACCCGGGAACAGAGGUUCGGUUUAGUGUGAGGAGUGAAGUUCCUAGUGAAGUUUUGGACAGGGGGAGAAAGAAUGCUGCACUUGAAUGA